AUGCUGGCUCCGCGUUUCGUGAGAUCGGCGACGUCGCUGGCACGACCCUUCAGCUCCUCGGCGGUGGCCUCCCGUGCCCCUUCCAUUCGAGACCUGACAGCCGACUCGGCUGAUUACAACCGACGGCAGAAGGAGUUUCGUGAGAACCUCGAGGAGGCUCGCAGAAGAAAGGAACAGCAAGAGAGUCAGUCUGUCCAUGCUUCUGCCUCUACCCCUUCCCGUGAGUCCGCUCCCACUGCUCCGCAAGUGAGCAAUGCGAGCCACUAUAAUCAAUCCCGCCCUGUUUUUGAUGCGGCCAAGGCUCUUGAUCACGAGGCAAUGGGCUCACUCGCCAUGCAUCGUUCUAUAGGAGAAGAACACUCUCAAGAUCCCCAGUCUAAGCGCAAUCCGCUGUCCUCGUUAAUCUACGGCACCAAGGAGGCGCUCCUUUCCGAGGUUUUGGCCCGUGGCAAAUACGUCCACUCGAUUGUGUUCCAUGAUGUCAAGCCUGACAAGGUAGACGAGUAUGUGGAGCUAGUGGGCAAGUGGUACCCCCGCAUGGCCGGCACAGAGGAGAACCGCGUCAACCUUGUUGGCAGCUGGCGCACCCAAGUGGGUGAUAACGACACCUUCAUCCACAUUUGGGAAUAUCAGCGCUAUGAGGGCUACCAUGUCUCCCUGCACAACAUUUCGCAACACCCCGAGUUCCCCGAGUUUGAUCGCAAGUUGAAGAGUCUCAUUAAGAGCAAGAAGACCUCACUGAUGCAGGAAUUCUCAUUCUGGCCUACCACCCCGCCGCGCCAGUUGGGAGGAAUCUUCGAGCUUCGCUCGUACACAUUACACCCAGGCAACCUAUUAGAAUGGGAGUCACACUGGCGACGCGGUCUGACCGCCCGGCGCGAGGUCAUGGAAGGCGUGGGCGCGUGGUUCGUGCAAAUUGGCGAUUUAAACACGGUGCACCAUCUUUGGCAGUUUGCCAACCUGGAGGAACGCAAAAUUCGACGAGAGCAGUCCUGGAGUGUUGAGGGGUGGGCUGAAACCGUGCACAAGACCGUUCCUCUGAUCCAGACGAUGCAGAGUCGGAUUCUGGUUCCCAUGCCGUGGAGUCCGGUCGGUUAA